UACUGUAUAUCACUGACUCAACUAUCAGGAAGUAAACUAAAUAAUCAGUUAAACACUUAUUAUUCUGCUUAUACCUCUAUAUCUGUAUUUUUUCUGUUAAGUGGAAUUAUAUGUGUAAGGCUGUGUUAUUAUUAUAUAACAGCGUGAAAAUAUAUAUUUGCGCAAAAUUCGAAAGUGAAAGUAAAACUUCUUCAGAGGGCGUGUUUCUCGUGCUGACUGAGAUUAUUUCACUCAGUUAAAGGUUGUAUUUGCCUUUUCAAUAUUUGAAAAAUAACGUACAGGAAAGGUAUAUAUAAAAUACUAGAAAUGGGAGAGUUUUUGGGUUUGUUGUAUCAGAUUUCUGGGAGCCUAGAUUCAGAAAACUUAAAAAACUUGAAAUUUUUGUGCGGGGAUGACAUCAGAAAAAAGGAGCUUGAAAAUAUUUCAAGUGGGACUGAUCUGUUCAAAAAUCUGAUGGAAAAGGGGAAGAUCUCUAUAGACAAUACAGAUUUUCUUCGUUUACUCCUAACUAAAAUUAAAAGGGAAGACCUUUUGGAAAAACUGGACAACUUUGAAAAGUAUGGAUCCGGUGAGCAAGUCGAUCUACCCGAUGCCGAGGAAAUAGAACGUCUGGAAACUGCAUUUGAAGUCAUUUGUGACAACCUGGGAAAACAGUGGAAAAUGUUUGCCCGAAAAAUCGGUGUUUCCGAUGCCAGACUAGACCAAAUCCAGGAUAGGCACCCCUGUGACAUGAGAGAGCAGAUCAGGCAGGUUUUGAAGACGUGGCAGAAAGUACAAGGGAACGACGCCAACGCUGCAGAGUUAAUAAGGAAGCUUCGGGACUGCAGGCUCAACUUGGUGGCCGAUACCGUAGAUGAGCAACUAAGAACAAUGCAGAACUGAGUCUAUUUAUUGAACUGGAAUUUGCAGCUGGAUCAGUUCCUUUCUCGUUUCUAUUGUGUAAUGGGGCAAACUGUUUUUUCAGAACAAGUUGAAUAGUUUUAAUUCGUGAUUUUUUUUUAAGAACUAACACAGGGGUCUCCAACCUUUUUCCUAUUAAGAGCUACUUCUGAUUUGAAAAAAAAAAACAACAUUUGAGAGCCACUCCUCAAAGAACUCCAAGCUAAAAAUAAAGAAAAAUGUUAUUCUUACCUAGAUUUCAAUGUGAGACUUGACACUGCAUGCUGUCUACCAGCCCAGCAAAAUCUGGCUUGUAAUUAGAAAGCCCAACCCCGAUGGAGUCAUUCAGAUGAUCGUCACUCAGGCAGGUUCGAAAUUUUGAUUAGAUUAAAAGGCAGAUUCACAUAGAUAAGUGGAACCAAAUAAGGACGCCACUUUCAUUGCUGCUAUGCAGAUUUCUGUCCUUGUCCACUUAAGUCUAGAAGUCAGACACUAGAUAUCUUGCUUUCAACUGAAUAUCGUUUUGAAGAUUAAGAAUCUCCUCCCAGUUCAACACAAUCCAGAUUAAACAAUGACCCCACUUGUUCAGAAAUGUCACUUACAUCCAAAUGCAUAAAGGGAUUUGAAAUAAACAGUACACAAGGUUCCAGCUGCUGAAAAUCAUGAAAUCUGACAUUAAAUUCAGACCAAAUCAAAACUUUGACAACCCGCAAAUUGCACUUAACAAAACUGUAUUUAAUAGCGUUUUCUUUUUAUGAGUAGAAUACAAAAAAAAGAAAUUGCAGCUGCUUUCUAAAUAUAUAUAUAUAUAUAAUGUCAAAUUGGUCUAUAGUACUGGAGUGUUUUUUUGUUGUUUUUUUGCAAUUAAAUGUCAAAUGCAUCAGUUUUUCUAAAUCAUCAGUAAUUCAUUGGUGGCGUUUUAAACUGUACAUUAGUAAAUCAUAAUAAAAAAAAAUAUAAAAUCAA